AGUCGAACGUCAGUCUAGCGCGAAAAUAUACACUUUGUCCUCGACAAGAAGUGUCUUGUAAAAUUAUUGCCUACAGUAUGUAUGUCGAAAUUGUAAGUUUACAAGAGCUACUGUAAACUUCGAUUUCAUAAAAUUAUUGCAUCGAUGGUGGGGAUAUCUUACGAUAUUACAUAUGUAUAUAUUUGUGUACAAAUGUAUUAGAAAAGCAAGUUAUCUGUGGCAUUGCAUACACUUCGAGUACAAAAUUCACAGAGUAAAGACAUCCAGCAAUGUCAGUUAAAGGCGAGAAAAUUGGUAUAAUUGGCAGCGGUCUUAUCGGCCGCAGUUGGGCAAUGCUGUUUGCCAGCGUAGGAUAUGAAGUAAUUAUUUAUGACAUUGUAAAAGAACAAAUCAAUCGUGCUCUCGAAGAUAUUCAACAGCAAUUGCAGCGUCUUGAAAGUGAUGAUCUUUUGAGAGGCUCACUCACCGCAGACCAGCAAUUUAAAUUAAUUACAGGAUCGUCUAAUUUAGUCGAAGUUGUAAAGGGAGCAAAAUUUAUACAAGAAUGUGUUCCCGAAAAUUUACCAUUAAAACUUAAGGUUUACAACGAACUUGAUAAAUUAGUUGAUAAUAAAGUAAUUUUGUCUUCUUCAACAUCUACUUUCCGUCCAUCCUUGUUUAGCGAGAAGUUAAAACAUCGUGAACAAAUUAUUGUAUCGCAUCCAGUAAAUCCUCCAUAUUAUGUACCACUUGUAGAAAUUGUCCCAGCUCCUUGGACACGUGCUGAAAUACCAUCACAAACAAAAGCUAUUAUGACAGAAAUAGGCCAAACACCUGUUGUAUUUUCUAGAGAAAUUGAUGGUUUUGCACUUAACCGGAUACAAUAUGCAAUUUUAAAUGAAGCUUGGAGACUCGUAGCAGAUGGAAUUUUAAGCGCUAAAGACGUAGAUGCCGUUAUGAGUGAAGGACUUGGAAUGCGAUAUGCAUUCCUCGGUGCUUUUGAGGCAGCGCAUUUAAAUGCUGAAGGGAUGAAGAAAUACUGCGAAACGUACAAAAAUUCAAUUUACGAUGUGAGUAUGACAUUUGGUCCAGUUCCUAAAUUUGAAGGCGAGAUGGCGGAAAAGAUUAGUAAUGAAUUGAAUGCUAUGUGUCCGCUGGAAAAGCUUCAAGAAAGACGUGCAUGGAGAGAUGAAGCUUUAACAAAAUUAUCGUUGUUAAAAAAAGAAUUAAAUAAAAAAAAAUAAAAAUA